AUGGUGGGCAAAUUCAUGCGCUCCCUUUCCUUCCCCAACAAGAAACCUCCAAUCUCCCACCACUUGAGAUCCAUCAGUCUCCCAUCUCGUCCCCACCCGCUGAUCUCACACUUGCGCCGCCAGAUCGACGAGCUACAUCUCUGGUCGAGUCAGCAGCCAGGUGGCACCACCACCAGAACGUCGACGUGGCUCUGCGACGGUCUGGCUCGACUCAAGGACGUGCACGACUACCUCGACGACAUCAUCCAGCUCCCGCAGACCCGGGAGUCUCUCUGCCGCCGCCACCCGGGGUGGAUCGAGAAUCUUCUGGAAGAUUUCCUCCACUUCGCGGACGCGUACGGAAGCUUCCAGAACGUCAUGUUCGGCAUGAGAGAGCUGCAUCUCUCCGCCCACGUGGCGGUGAGGAAGAGGGACGACGUGAAGGUCGCGGUGUUUCUGAAAUCGAGAAGGAAGUUGUGUGCGGAAAUGGCUAAACUUGUCAACGCGAUUCGAACGAGAAGCGGGUGGGAGUAUGCUCGUGUUGUUGUGGCCCCGGAGGAUGCUGAGCUGGCGGGGAUCUUGAGGGAGAUCGUGGAGGUGACCGUGUUGGUUUCGACGGUUGUUUUUGGUGGGUUUUCGACGAGGAAAACGGCGUCGAGUUGGAUGGGAGGGCUGAGGAAGAGGGCGAGGCGGUCUGCUGCGAAGAUUGUGGAAGUGGGGAUUGAGGAGAUGAGAGGAUUGGGUGGAGAGUGCUUGUUGGGGUUGAAGAGAAAAAGUGACGAGGAAGUUAGGACGGUUAUGAGACGAGUGCAGGCGAUGGAGGCGUGCAUUUGUGAGGUCGAGAAAGGAGGGGAAAGGAUGUUUAGGAGGGAUGUGAAGAGGGCGAGGCGGUCUGCUGCGAAGAUUGUAGAAGUGGGGAUUGAGGAGAUGAGAGGAUUGGGUGGAGAGUGCUUGUUGGGGUUGAAGAGGAAAAGUGAGGGGGAAGUUAGGACGGUUAUGAGACGAGUGCAGGCGAUGGAGGCGUGCAUUUGUGAGGUCGAGAAAGCAGGGGAAAGGAUGUUUAGGAGCUUGAUUAGUACUCGAGUUUCACUUCUCAAUUGUCUCGCUCUCUAG